UCGCCCACGGACGCCAACCGGCAACGGAGUGCCUAUCAGUCGAUGACUGACUGGUUACCCCGUCUCAGAAGGACGUUGGCCCAGGCUUCGGGCAGGGCUGCUCUCAAGCUUCUGAGAUUCAAGGUCGGUAUGCAUAUGCAAUGCCAGACUCCGGCAAACCACGGUCCCUGCGGCACGGUCGGCCAGUACAUGGUGAUAAAUGUUGAAACGAACUACCCCGUGGAUACCAUUCAUUACUUGUUAACCUGCGUUCGAUGGGGUUGGCUGAAAGUUUACUUGAAAUUCCCUUCAUUCCGAAUCCAGAUAAUUGCUGGAGGAAACAUAAUCACCGCGGACCGUAUUGUAAUGCCCAAUUCCGUCUCAAUUCGCUCCUUCUCAAUCGCAAUUUCGAAGGCAAUGGCGCCAAUCUGCCGCGUAGUUGCCUUUUGUGUGAAAAAUGACGGCGAAAUUGUCGUGGACAGCUUGACCUUUUUCACAAACUAUACCAAUUUAAAUAAUGUUCACAUGGAGGUCAAUCGUGGGAAGGACCUCAAUCUGGAUACAGUUGAGAUUAGAGGACAUGCGACUCCCGGUUCCUAUUUGGCUUUCAAUGUCCUACAUUCUGACCUCUUCCGUUAUGACAGUCCAUCCUUCAUUCAGGAAAACGACGUAGUGGAUGAGAUGUUUUCCUACGAGGCACAAGCGCAACUACCCCUCAUGUUCACUUGGUUCGAAAGUGUAGAGUUAGUCAAUCGUGUCUACCUUCCAACGCCCACUUACGGUGCUGAUGCGAACACAACCGUUGAGAAGUCGGGAUUGGUGUUGCUGACUGACGCAAACUUUACAAAAGCAAAUUUCUAUCACACCUGCAAUGAAACUGAAAAUCCGGCCAGAGCUCUGCCCUGUUACUCCACCACUGGGCAGGAGUGCUACGCGCGCUCGCAGAGGUGCGACGGUAUCCAACAAUGUCUAACCUGGGCCGACGAACUCGGAUGUCCCGAAAACGAGUCGUUAGCCAUGAAACCUCCAGUUCUUCGGCGACUGGGCAGCUACCAAAUGCUCUACCGCGACUGGAACGACGCCGGAUGGCUUUGGUACAACACCGUGGUGAAGUAA